GAGAAAGGCAUGUUACCCAGAACGCGCAGCUCAUCACUGAGAACGCGCAUCCGCCCCUGAAGUUUGCGCCUCUGUGUCCGAGCAGGUGGAACAGCGCCUGGAUUAAAGACCGGACAUCAAAACUUAAAUCUUAAAAAGAUGUGGAAAUCAGUGGUGGGGCACAAUGUGUCCAUGAAGGUGGCAUCAGAGGGAGAUGACUGGGAGACGGAUCCGGAUUUUGAGAAUGAUGUAUCUGAGCAGGAGCAGAGAUGGGGUGCCAAGACUAUAGAAGGCUCUGGUCGGAAAGAACACAUCAGUGUGGCAGAGCUGAGACAGAACGUGUCUCGGGAGCAUGAGGUAGUGAAGAAGAAGGAACUGGAACAGGGUCCGAAAGCCUCGUACGGCUAUGGAGGCAAAUUUGGAGUGGAGAACGACCGCAUGGACAAGGUGGCAGUGGGGCACGGCUAUGUGGCAGAGGUGGAGCAGCACUCUUCCCAGACUGACGCAGCACGUGGAUUUGGCGGGAAGUUUGGAGUGCAGAAGGAGCGGGUGGAUAAGUCAGCCAUGGGUUAUGACUACAAGGCUGAGGUGAAGGAACAUGCGUCACAAAAAGACUAUGCCAAGGGCUUUGGAGGAAAGUAUGGUGUUGAGAAAGAGAAGAUGGACAGAGCUGCAAUGGGUUACGAAUAUAAAGGAGAGACAGAGAAACACCAGUCCCAGAAAGAUUACUCCAAGGGCUUCGGAGGAAAGUAUGGCGUGGAGAAAGAGAAAGUGGACAAAGCUGCUUUGGGUUACGAUUACAAAGCAGAGACAGAGAAACACCAGUCUCAGAAAGAUUACUCCAAGGGAUUUGGUGGCAAGUAUGGAGUGGAGAAAGAGAAGGUCGACAAAGCAGCUUUGGGUUACGACUACAAGUCACAGACAGAAAUGCACCAGUCUCAGAAAGAUUAUGCCAAAGGCUUUGGAGGUCGUUACGGUGUGGAAACAGAUCGUAUGGACAAGAGUGCAUCCACUUUCACUGAUAUGGAAUCUCCAACUUCGGCCUACGAGAAGACACAGCCACUGGAGGCCUCCACAUCCAGUGCUGGAGCAGGGAACCUGAAGGCCCGUUUUGAGAACAUGGCGCGUGCGUCGGACGAGGAGAACCGUAAGAAGGCAGAGGAGGAGAGGACCAGGAGACAGGCUAGAGAGAAGAGGGAGCGGGAGGAGGCCAUGCGCAGACAACAGGAACAGAUGAGUAGGGAAGAGCCAGAGCCAGAGCCAGAGCCAGAGCCAGAGGAACAGAGGCCCCCGUCCCUCCCUCAGGGCAGGAAACCCCCUCAGGUGACCAGGGAUCUGCCAGCACCUCCUCAGGUGACCAGAGAUAUGCCUGCACCCCCUCAGGUGACCAGGGAUCUGCCUGCACCCCCACAGGUGACCAGGGAUCUGCCUGCACCCCCACAGGUGACCAGGGAUCUGCCUGCACCUCCUCAGGUGACCAGGGAUCUGCCUGCACCCCCACAGGUGACCAGGGCUUUGCCUGAAACCCCCAGAGAUGAGCCUGAACCAGUGGAACAAGAAGAGGAGCCGGAGUACGAGGAGCCUCCAUGUCUGCCCCCUCGUCCGGUGGACCUGUUAGAGGAGCCAGAACCAGAGCCAGAGCCAGAACCGGAGGAGGAUGACGCCGAGUAUGAGGAUAUCGGGGUUCCCCAGGCUCCAGUUGAUGACAAUGAAUAUGAAGAACUGCCUACUGCUGGAGCAACAGCCGUUGCCCUUUAUGAUUAUCAAGGCCAGGACGACGACGAGAUUUCAUUCGAUCCAGACGAUAUCAUCACAAACAUUGAGAUGGUGGAUGAAUCUUGGUGGAAAGGCACCUGCAAUGGCCGCACGGGCCUCUUCCCAGCCUCCUAUGUGCAGACACAAUGAACUCUACCCUGCCUGCGCCUUCAGGAUAACAUCAGCAUUAAAGAUUAAUGCUUUUACCUUUCUAGAUGCUAGAGUGCAAGAAUAGAAGCCAAACUGGGCCAUUCAUGUUUUACACUGCAGAGGUCAGGUAAAUGUUAUCGACUGGUGAGGACCAAAACAGUUUUUUUGUGUCAAGAUGUUUGUUUUUGCAGUCUACCCAAUGUUACAUGAUCUCUGUACACUUUCAAUAUAUUGGUCCUCAGAUGACGAUACAACUCAAUUUAAAACUUCAUGUAAAUAAGAAUUACACACUGUUUGAAAUCCUUACUUUCAACUAUGGAUAAAA